AAAAAACAAAAAAGAAAUGUUAUUACAAUUGCUAGCUCAACCCUUAGCCGCUGACGCUUUGACGGCAUUGGAUACCUUUUUGAACUCACUCGAACCUCUUGAAGGUUAUAUUGUAAAAACAGGUCGUAAAAUUAAUUUGCAACUUUAUGGUUCUGGAAGAAGUAUCAAAGAUUUUAAUGGAACCGCUUCGCAAUUUCAAAACGCAAUUGUGCUCCAGCUAAUGGGCUGUGCGCUGACUUUUAGUCAACAACAUAAUCCAUCUCUAUCCUUCCCUAUUAUGAAACUAGCCAAAGAUAACUUUUAUAAAUGGGUAUAUCUUUCACAAGUGCCUAGGGAUAGGGAUAUAUGUCAUUUUCUAAUCGAGAUACACGAUACGUUAGAAGGUAGAUUUGAAAAUAUUUUAAAGCAAAAAAACCCAGGGACACAAAGCCAAAUUACAUUAGAAAGCAAUAACAAGGCGCUUUUCUCCUACCAACAAGAACUUAGUAAGGUUGAUGAUUUUAGGAAAUCCGCUGGUAAUAAAGUUUUAGGUGAAUUACCAUUUCAGCAAAUUGAAGGGGAUGAAGAAGAUCGAAAUAAGGGCGAGGCUAUUUUCAAAGAAAUUGAGUCAAUGUAUCGUUUCGAGCAUAGCGAAUACGAUUUGUACUCUCCCUACGAAAAACAGCAAAAUACUUAUAAUAAUAAUCCUGCUCACUCUUCCUAUGCUGAACAGCAACAAAAUACUUAUAAUAUUAAUCCUGCUCACUCUUCCUAUGCUGAACAGCAGCAAAAUACUUAUAACAAUAAUUCUGCUCACUCUUCCUAUGCUGAACAGCAGCAAAAUAUUUAAUAAUAAUAAUCCUGCUCGGAAUAAAGAAUUAUCUGCUAGUAAUUUGGGUUUGCUUAGGUAAUUUACUUAAAUGUUUCAAGGAAGUGAUAGCAUGAAGAUAAUUUCAUCUUUUAAUCUUUCAAAGAAAAUGUGUUUGUCAAAUGCCAAUUAAAAAUCAAUUUAUUGUCUUCAUUUUUUAUUCUGUUAAUUAAAAACAUAAUGUAUAAAAAAUAUUGGACCUAACGUAAG